UACAAUGUAAACAAUGGGAGACAUACAGUGGCAAUGGAGACAGAUUUACAGCAGAGAGACGUAUAAGAUAUACACUGACUGGGCGAAUCAUUACUUGGAAAGAGGUCGUUUCAAACGUUACAUCCAAGAUCUUCAGACUGACGUCAAUGAUGGUGUUUUGUUAGCAGAUGUUAUUGAAGCAGUUACUGGAACCAAUGUGCCAGAAAUAAUCCGGAAACCGAAGACCUCUUCGCAAAUGGUGGAUAAUCUAAAUGUCUGUCUUACGUUCCUAGAAAAUCUAGGAGUAAAUGUGGAAGAGGUGACAGCCAAAGAGAUCCGAGAUGGAAACUUGAAAUCGAUUCUGGGUUUAUUCUUUAACUUAUCCCGAUAUAAACAAGCACAGAAGUUGGCGUACUCCGCCUCUAAUCAAAUUUCAAACACUGGCAGCACCCAGGGGAGGCCGUUGGUGGCGUCAUCUAUCGGAAGUGAUAUGCUUUCCAGGUUACCCACUCCUGCACGAGGGAACAGUGGUCGCAGUUUUGCGUAUCCCAACACGAAAGACAGCUCUUCCAGUAAACUUGCGCCAUCUUUUGGGAAUUCCAGUCGAAGAAAUGGGCAAACGGAACGUAAUGCGAAGAAUGUGACAUCAGUUGUGACCAAUAAUGGUAGACACUUUUCUUAAUAAUGACAUAUUACCAUAAUAUAGGAUUGUUCUCGUAAAUUUCUCAAUAAAUAGAACAUAUACAUUUUUACGUGAAUGUUAAUAAAUCAUAAUUAGGAAAAGAAGUUCCAUUAAAACAUAUUGAUUGUUAUAAGGAAUUUUUCACUCCUUUGAAGAAAGAAAAAAUUUAAACCAAUUGAAGUGUUUUGGUUUUGGUUUUAUAAGGACUGGACGAGCUUGGCUUAAACUGUUGAAUAGUUUUAUCCAUGACCAACAG